UUGUUAUGACUCAGUGGGGAAGUGAGAUUGUGUUGUUAAGACUGGACUUUGGUUUUACUUUUCAUUUCUAAGGUCAAGCUGACGCUGCGACAAACUCUCUCGACAAAGCAGCCGUAUCAGCUCCUCUGUGCAGUUUGGAGUAGCUGUUGCUUCUUUAGAAGGAAAACAUUUAUCUGUACCGGAUCAGGAUUAACAGACUUUGCUCCACCUGCUCCGAGUUCUUUUCAUGGGGGAGAAUCUCCCGAGGUCGCCAGGAGGAGCUCGUCUGAGGAGACCUGUGCAAACCCUCAGGGCUAAGAUGGUUCUUCUUGGGAGCUCUGGUGUGGGGAAGUCAUGUCUGGCUCUGCGAUUUGGGAAGGAUGAGUUCAGGAGCGCAUCGCCUACUGUUGGCUGUGCCUACCUGACCCGGAUGGUGCAUUUGAGUGACGUCAAUCUUCGCUUCGAGAUAUGGGACACGGCAGGGCAAGAGAAAUACCACAGCGUCACCCCUCUUUACUACAGAGGAGCCCACGCUGCCAUCCUGGUCUAUGAUAUCAGCAAGAGGGAAACAUUUCUCAGAGCUCAGGUGUGGCUCAGAGAGCUUGAGCAACAGGUCAUCCCAGGAUCUACUGUCCUGUGGCUGGUGGGCAACAAGGGGGAUCUGGCUGAGGAGAGGCAAGUCUCAGUGCAGGAAGGACAGGGGCUGGCCAGCGACAGGGGGUUGUUCUUUUCAGAGACAUCUGCAAUGUCGGGGUUCCAGGUCAAUGAGUUGUUAGCAGCUAUAGCCCACAGCGUGUACGAGUGUGUCGGAGCCCAGCAGGAGGGUCUGUCAGAGUGGAGGGAGACACCGGUGGUGAAUCUGCAUCACAGGGACACGCUCACUUCUGCUGCUCCCUGCUGCAGAGUUGGGCCCUAGACGAGAAGAGGAGAAACAGGGGGAAAGAGACGGAGGACGCGUGAACUUAUAUCACCUCUGCCUCGGACAUGUACCAGGAGGACAGCAGGAGGAGGGACAGGGGGCGUUGUACGUUCUUUAGGAUCCGCCUGCAGGACCCCCCCCCAAGCAGAGUUCCCCUGAGUUCUCCCGAUUCCUUUAGUGAUCAACACUCGUGAAUAACACAAAUAUAUUCCCUGUGCAUCAAUAACAUUGGGAUUAAGUGGAUUCCUGACUGUUGGUGAAACAGUAUUUCUGUCUGCAUUUGGCUGCAUCAACGCUCUCUUAUGCAAACCGACUUCUCUCCCCUGCAGUCGGGCUCUUGCUAAAUGUUUGGUCGUGUUUUCACACACACAACUGUGAUCCUCUAAGUGUGAACUUUGUAUUACUGAUUUCAAGCAUCACUCAGAAGAGGCUUUAUUGAGCUGAUUGAAACCAAGCUUGUGCAGAGCCAGAGGAACUGCUGGUCUUGGUUUAGUUAAAGAAAGAGAAAGACACCAGACCUCCUGCUGAGAAGAUGACAUGAAGUAAAUAAAACAAUAAAACAAGAAUCAUUUGGUUUUCAUUGUAUGUAAAUAUUGAGAAUCUAAAAAACAGUUGUUUGCAGAUGUUGUGUAAACCCCCGGAAUUAUCUCAGUGAAAAGUGUGUCUUCAUUUUAACAGCUGAGCUAUGGACACAACCAAAGUGAUAAUUAAACAACGAAUAAGUUACCUAAUGACUUCAAAGUUAUUGUUGAACUGAAGUGCUUCACUAUGUCAACACAAGAUACAAGGCACAAAAAGUGAUUGAAAAGCAAAAUGAAAUAUUAGAAUAGCUGCGUGAGUUAAGUAAAUGUAUGAGGGGCAAUCAGGAACAUUAUUCAGAAUUAAAAACGUGACAUUCUCAGUGUGUUUGUAAAAGGUUUCUUCAAAACGUUUCUUUCAGUUUUAUAAACUUAAUUUUACGACAGCUUUUCAGUUGUGUGUUUGUAUAAGAACACACCAGUGAUACACACACUGCAUUAAGACUUUAUUGUCUCAUGUUGUUUAUUGAAUUUACAAAGCAAUCUUCAAGGAAAACACAUUUUUAAUGGACUUUGUAUGAAAGGCCAAAACUAUCCGAGCUUUUGUAUUGAAGGAAACAACACAAGUAUUUUACAGAAAAUGACAAAAACUAAACAAAAUGUUCAAUAUGUUAUAGAAAACUCCAAAGAAAUGAGAGCCGAGUAGACUUUGUCUGCAGAUUUCUCCAUCGUGGGACUGAUAAAGGAUUCUCUUAUCUUAUCUUAUCUUAUCUUAUCUUAUCUCAUCUUGUAUCCUCCAGUGGUUGUCAUCACUGAUGGAUCCAGAUUCUGCCGUCUCUGUCAGAUUUGAGUCUGUAAACUCUGGCUGUGACACGAUGCUCAUUUGUCCUCGUAGCUCUUCGGCCAAACCUCCCCACAGGUCUGAUCCCUCUGCCCGUGUACCAGGACGCAUCGAUGUUUGGAUCUGAAGGAACCAGGAGGAAAUAAAAAACAGACAUGAAAACAACAGACAAAUCAAAUCCCACAGUCAUCGUGGAUGAGUCUCAUGAUUUUGCUACUGCAGGUGUAGUUAGGAGCCAAAUAAUAAGGUGAAACAUGAAACAUGAUAUAGUUCUGUAUCCUUUGUAUUCUGCUCGUAAUGAUUUAAUUUGUCCUUUAGUCGGGUCGAUUUCCAGUGUUGUGAAAAUAAAUAAAAUAAAUAAACAUA